AUGACGUCGGGGAAUGUGAAGGGCGGUGGGAACCGGCACACCGCUCUGACGCACGCGGCCCUCAUGAUGGUGAAGUUGCACUCGACAUCUGGGAUCGAGCGCAGGAGUACUUCUACCUUCACGGGGCGUUCGCUGCAUCGAUCUGGCGGCCACGCCGCAGACACGGAGCCGAAGGCUUUGGUCAACAAUUCUCGUAGCUAUCCUGAGAAGGAGCGUACCCGGGGCAGGGCACAGGCGGCGGCGUGCACGGUGGAGGCGUGCACCACGGAGGGAGCGAGGGUGCUGGAGCCCCCCCGGGCAAGGGCCUCCGACCAGGACAUCUCCGAGCGGGUGCGCAGGGUGGGCGCCAUCGCCAAUCGGACCUCCGAGGAGGAGUGGCUGGCCGCGGCCAAGGCCACCAAGAACUUCGAUCGGCGAUUCAAAGAGAACGGGAACAUGAUGUACAUGCGCCACCUGGUCUACGCUGCAGCUGAAGCCAGCGAGCUCAGCUUGCCAUACAACUACACCCACAUGCUGUACACGCGCGAGGACAACGUGUUCGUGCGUCCACCAUACACGCUGUUGGAGCUGGCGCGCAAGUUGGACGGCGGCUCCCCCCGGGACCUCGCGCCGGCGGCCGUCGUUGUGGACAAGUUCUGCGGCUGGGGGGCGUACUCGGACAAGAUUUACUUCGCGAACCGCAGGGGCGCCGAGGUGCUGUUCCCGUCGACCGAGGAGGAGCACGUGCGCCGCAUGGCUCGCUGGAUCAACAGGGCCCACCGCGCGAAGCGCCGCGGGGACCCCCUGCAGACGGAGGAGUUCUUCAAAGAACUGCUGGACGACGCCGGCGCCAAGGUGGAGAAGAUUGACUUCCACAGGAACGACGUGCGGUACGUGAAGGAGAAGGAGACGGGCCUGGUCGCCCCCUGCAUCGCGGAGGCCUACAGGAGGUGUACCUCGGACCCCGCGUUCCCCGAGUGCAAGUAG